AUGGCGAGGACAUGCUACUACGAGCUGCUCGGCGUCGAGCGCAGCGCAACCGACGCCGACCUGAAACGAGCGUACCGCAAGCAGGCGCUCGUCUGGCACCCAGACAAGAACCACACCAAUGCAGAGGAGGCGACCGAGAUAUUCGCCCAGAUUCGGGAAGCGUACGAGAUGCUGAGCGACCCGCAGGAGCGCGCCUGGUACGACAACCACCGCGAGCAGAUCCUGCGCGGCGACGAGUUUGGCGUGACCGCAGCACCCAACGACGGCAACCAGAGCGCCAACGUCGACUACACGUCCACCGAGACUCUAAUGCGGCAUUUUAGCGUCUCGUCGUUCCGCGGCUUUGACGACUCCCCUGCAGGCUUCUUUGCCGUGUACCGCAAGCUGUUCGAGAACCUGCGCGACGAGGAGCUGCAGAUCUACGAUCCAGACUCUGAGGAGCGCCUGGACAUGAUCUAUAACCUGGACUUUGGCGACUCGCAUACCUUGUACGACGAGGACGCAGAGUACGCGCGGUCACAGGGCAAGAAGCGCAACACGUCGCGCCGCGACGCCUCCGGCACCACGCUGAGGGACUUUUACAACUUCUGGACCACCUUCUCCACCCGCAAGUCGUUCGGGUGGUUCGACAAGUACCGCCUCGCCGAUGCCGAGAACCGCCAGAUCCGCCGCCUCAUGGAGAAGGAGAACAAGCACCUGCGAGAGAAGGCACGGCGUGAGUUUGUCGACACCGUGCAGAACCUGGCCGCAUGGCUCAAGAAGCGCGAUCCGCGGUACAAGGCCUUUGUGGAGGAGCAGAGGGUGCUGCAGGAGGAGCGCGAGCGGGAUCGCAAAAGGCGUGUUGCCGAGCAGCGGGCUGCCCUGGUGGACGACGCCAGCACCUAUGUGCGCCAGGCGUGGGAGGAGGUCGACUACUCGAACCACCUCGACGAGUACCUGAGCGAGCUUUCUGACGCCGAAAAGGCGCACAGCGAUGCCGAUGGCCAGGAACCAGACGACGAUGGGGCUGAGCGCGAUCUCAGCGAGGGCGAUGUGCUUGAUCCUGAAAACGACCUGCUGUGCAUUACCUGCGACAAGGAGUUCAAGACGCCAGCGCAGAAGGCCAACCACGAGAAGAGCAAGAAGCACCAACGGGCCGUGCGCGAGAUCCGCCGCGAGAUGAUGCGCGAGGAACGCCGCCUGGCCAAGAUGCAGACCAACGGCGAUAUCCCGUCGUCAGCUGCCAGCAACAACGUAUCGGAUAAUGAGUCGUUUGCGACACCGCCAGAAUCGCCGGUAGAAUCCGCAGAGGAGCCUGAUCUAGAGGAGGAGGAGGAGGCAAACGAGGAUGAUGUGCUUGCGCAGAUGAUCCGCAACCUGAGCACAGCCCAGGCCAGCGGCGGCAAGAAGAACAAAAAGAAGAAACGCAAGAACCAGAUCAAGGCCCAGCCUACCGACGAUGCCAGCGACCUGGAGAACCCACCCAGCGAACCAGCCGAGCCGGAGUCGGCGCCGGAUUCAGCCGACCCAGAGUCAGCGCUGGACUCACCGGCUGCACCGAGGGUAUCCAAGAAGGAGCUGCGCAAGGAGCGGCAAAAGAAAAAGGAGCUGGCCGAGCUCAAGUGCAAUGUAUGCAGUAAGGACUUUGCCUCGCGCAACCAGCUCUUUGACCAUAUCAAGGAUACAGGCCACGCCCUGGCCAACAAUCUGCCAAAGCACCUCGCCGAGUCCAUCAUGCAGGAGCGGGCGGCCAAGGGCAAGAAGGGCAAGAAGAGCAAGAAAUAA